AUGUUUUCUGUGUGUAAAAAUUAUAAUAAUAUCCCUAUUGCUAUGAGUUACGAAUACCCAAAUCAAAGAUGCCAGAAAUUCAAGAGAAGACGCGUUUCCGAAGGCUUAUACCAGACACAUAUGCCAUCUGAAGAAGAAGAAGAAGAAGAAGAAGAAGAAGAAGAAGAAGAAGAAGAAAAAAAUUCCAAUGAGAUCAAUUAUUCUAUAUAUGAAACUGACAAAUAUUAUGAAGUUAAAUUGACAAAAGAGCUGGAUAGCAUACGAUUAAGGCGAGCCAUCGAUACUAGAUUGAUGGAAUUGCAAGAUAAAUAUUUGGAGCCUAGUAGUUAUCAAGUGGUGCAAGAUUUUUUUGGUAACCAGUAUUAUGUCGAGGAAGAAUCAAAAGAAGAUGAAGCACGAGCUAGAGAAAGAGCUAUGAAAGAGUUUGACCUUUAUGAUUUUGUGGAAAAAUUUUCCAUGCAAAGUUUUGGCGAUUAUGAGUUUGAAAUCAAUCGUAGAAAAAAUGGGCUUCUUAUAACCAGUUAUGAAGAUGGACUGGAUCAGGAAUUAGAUCUUGACAAGAAAGUUGAUGAAGUUGAAAUAGUCUCAUGUAUAAAUGAGGAAACUGAUGAAGGCAACAUCGAAGCAGUUUUAACGCUAAUGCUACACAAAGAGGCAUCAAACUGUGAACCAAUUAGAUCGAAACCCAAGAGACACCAUCCACACCACUGUACACGCAAACACAAAAAACGUACUUCCAAAAGUCACAAGAACAAAAACAGCAACGACACAAUUGAGGAAACCCAUAUUGAAUGGCAUUCACCUAUAUUGGAAGAAAUUGAAGACGAAGAGAUUGGCCGAUACCACGAAACAUUGUUCACGCCAUUAGAUAAUGAAAACUCUAUUGUCGAGGAACUAUAG